AUGCCACCCCAAACAGAACCUAGUCUCCAGCUCUUAUCAACUUCUCUUUUUCGAUCAGAAGGGUAUGAAGCUUCAGGACAUGAAAGCCUAGAGCGUUCUUACCACCGAGCCAGAGCAAUCGGCAGACAUCAUGGGCUCACUAUUGAUGACAUCCUCUCUCUCACCCCGAAGUUCUGGCAAUCCCAUAUGGAUGCUAUAGUCAUCCGGGAUAUCGUGGCUCACCUUCUUUUUACAAUUCAAUAUAACCUGGUGGCAGGCACAAUUGGCCCUUAUGCCAUGAAGAGGCCAGAUUUGCGACCAGUGAUGGAGAAAAUCUUGAGCUUUGAUGUUUCUGCUUGCUUUAUGCUCAACGAGAUUGACCAUGGCUGCGAUGCCAAGAACCUUGAAACCACUGCAACCUUACAGUCCGAUGGUAGUUUCGUUCUUCACAGUCCUACGCCCGGGGCAGCAAAAUUUAUGCCCCCGUCAAUGCCCAUAGCAGGAAUCCCUCGCAUUGCUAUCGUAUUCGCACGUCUCAUGGUUGGAGAAGACGAUAGAGGGAUUCGCCCCUUUAUAGUUGCACUUGGGGAUGGGAAGGAGAUGUGCAAAGGGGUAAAAUCAACAACACUCCCCUCCAUUGCCUGUGGAAGGACUCUCGACCACGCCAUCACCUCGUUUGACCAAGUCUGCCUAUCAUCAACGGCGAUGUUAGGCAGUCCCAAAAAGCCCGCCAACAUGCGAUCUCAAUUCCUGACAGCAAUCAACCGGCUAGGAUUUGGAACACUGGCUUUAAGCCUGGCCGCUGUACCAUCUUUGAGGAGUGCCACGCUUAUAGCUGGCAAGUAUAGCCUCCGUCGAAUGGUUUCUGACGCUCAAGGAUUUCCGAAGCCGAUCAUUUCCUUCCGUACUCAACAGCUGCCCAUUAUGCAUGCCCUGGCACAGAGCACAGUUCUAGAGCCGUUUGCACACUGGAUCACAGCUCAAUUCAGUGAUACUUCACUGGAAUUUCCUGUCAGACAUGCGUUGGCAGUUAUCUUCAAGGGAGCUGUGAUGCAAUACACCCAGACGAGCUUUGGAGAUCUACUCGAGCGCUGUGGUGCCCAGGGCGUGUUUAUUCAUAAUCAGCUCGCGGAAAUUGAGGAUCUCAAUCGUUGCAACGGUAUAGCAGAAGGAGAAAUCUUAGUUCUCUGCAUUCGCCUGGCCACUGAGAUCCUUCUCGGUCGAUACCAGAUCCCCAAAGCCACCAAGCCAAAUUCGAUGAUAGCAAAGCACGAAGAAGGCUACAUUGCAGAGAUGUUGACACUGCAGAGGAGUAUUAAUGAAGGGCACAGAAGCGAGGCGUUUAACAAUCGAAUCCUCCCUCAUUGUCGGCCCAUAGUCCUAGCCAUCGGCCAUCGCAUGGCAUACGAGGCGGCGGUGAAUGCCGGAGUUGAUUCGGAUCUGCUUACUCUGUUCGAAGUCGGUGUGAUCAAGACUGACUUUAGUUGGUACGUUGAGAAUCUGGGGCUUAGUCGGGCAGAUUUAUUUGAUAUGGAAUGCAAGGCAGCUGAUUCUGUUCUGCCGCGGAUUGGCGAGAUUUUGAAUCGCUUGGAUAAGAUGGAACCUUAUCUCACAGCUCCAAUACUUUCCGCAGAGAGGUGGGAGAAGUUCAUUGCUGAGCGUGAGACUGUUGAGGGAGAUGCGUUCUUUGAUAUUUUCAAUGGGGGGGGAUAUGCGACCUAA